AUGAAUGCAUUUUUCGACGAAUACAUUAACUCUAGAACAAAUCUGAAACAAUUUGUUGACCAGUAUGAUUCAGCCAUUAGGAUGAAGGUAGAGAAUGAAAUAUUUGCUAACUUUAAUUCAUGGAACAUGGAGAUUCCUUACAUCAAUCGCUAUCCUCUUGAGAAGCAAUUUCAAAAAAUAAAUACAAUUGCUAAAUUCAAAGAAGUACAAGAGGAAUUGCGAGGAUUUCUAUAUUUGACUACCUCGUUAUUGGGAUGUGAGGGUGGUAGAUAUACGUUCGUAGUUGCCGAUGAGGUUCAAGUUAGUGAUGACUUGUUAAAACGUGCAACCUUCACUGUCAAAGUUGAUCAAGAUCCCCUUGAUGUUAAAUGCAGUUCUAAGUUAUUUGAGUUUAGGGGCAUAUUAUGUAGGCAUAGACGAUGCCCGAAGCGGUACCAUUUUACCAGGUCUAGAAGGCUCGGAUGGAUGUCGGUGAGAGAUGGGUUUGAGAGCUUGAUGGGUAUGAGUGUAUUGGUGGGCGAAGAGGUGUACUGUGAUCUAGGGUUGGCUAGUUUGGCUGAGGAAGAGAUGAUUCUCAAAGCUGAGCUUCUGCAAGCCAUCGGUGAGAGAGAGUACUCGAAUCAGCUACUCCUCUCCAUCAAGUAA